AUGACACACGGUGAAUUAGAUGCACUCAUACAUGAACAAGUCGCUGAAAUUCUUGCCAUGGAAGCAAGCAAGAAUACUAGCAAAACUACGAAAGGAAACUCUAGUAGAGCAGGUUCUUACAAGGAUUUCAUGUAUUGCAAACCGAUAUUCUUCAAUGGUACUGAAGGGGCAGUAGGUUUGUUGCAAUGGUUUGAGAAAACGGAAUCAGUAUUCCGAUUAUGUGAAUGCACUGACGGCAACCGAGUCAAGUAUGCCACCGGCACACUUCUUGGUGGUGCUCUAUCAUGGUGGAGUGGAUAUGUUAAUUCUAUAGGAAUAGACGCAGCUAAUGCAUCACCGUGGGAAGAAGUCAAGGAAAUGAUGAAGGGAGAGUAUUGCCCAAGGAACGAGAUUCAGAAGCUAGAGAUAGAGUUCUGGUAUCUGGUAGUAAAAGGGAAUAAUGUGGCUGAAUAUACUAGGAGAUUUUAUGAGUUGUCAGUAUUGUGCCCAACAAUGGUCACUCCUGAGUACAAACGACUUAAGAGUGCCAUUAGUUUAGCUCAUGAUCUCAUGGAUCAGGUGAUUCGUCACAAUGGAGCGACAAAGAUUGCAGAGAUAAAAAGCAAUGAUAAUAAGAGGAAGUUGGACGAGAAUCAAGAGAGAAGUUAUGAACAACACCUAUACAAGGAACCAAGUGUAAUUAAAGCAUACUAUGUCAGACAAAGUAGUAACUCAUUCAAUCUUGGAACCAAGCCUUUCUGCAACAUAUGCAAACGUCAUCAUACCAGGGAGUGUAGAGAAGUAGCUUGGGGCAACAAUAGUAGUUGUUUCAACUAUGGAGAAAAGGGACAUUUCAGAAGGAAUUGUCCAAUGUUUUUAGACCAUGAGAAUGAACAACAACACGAGGACUGA